AUGUUCUCUUCUAGUAAAGUACCGUCAAACAAUUUAUGUUUUUAUUUACGAGAUAAUACUUAUAAAUUAUCUUCUCCAGAAAGACAAUCAAUUGAUCUUGUAUCAGCUAUGAAUAUUUUCGAAUGUCAACAAAAGCAAAAAUUUUGUCUAAGUUUUGAAAAUUCUCGACGAAUGUUGCAAUGGUUAAUGCAAGAUAGCAGCAAGCAAGGCGACCAAAAAAUUUCUACAAGUUUACAAAAACAAAUUCAAGAAAUUCAGGAAAAAGACAUUCCGAAAUACAAUAAAAGAGAUGAAACGAGUAGCGGAUAA